UAAUGUACGUGAAUAUAUAUCUACUUGCUUUAUAUUGUCAUCCUGAAGAUGGUGGAUUUGGAUCAUCAUUUUUUUGCAAAAUUGUUGUUGUUCUAGGAUUAACCCUAUCAUGGUGCUAAACUUUAAUGUUAACUUUAGAUGUUACAAAUGAAAGAAAUUAAUAGGGCUUGGAUAUGCAUUUAUGCUGGAUAAUUAUUUAUAUUUCAGUAUUUGUAAUGCUGGUAUUUCUCAUUCCUAUUGCAAUUUUUUACUAUGAAUCAGAUGAUGAAAAACCUAUAGUAAAAAUUAAAAUUAUCUAAGUGUCAAAGAAUAACCUUAACAUUAGUUUAAGAAUUUAUGGUCCUAGUAUUUGCUUUUUUAACUAUUUUCUUAACAUAUUUUUGGUUGAGAGAUGCUUUAGUACCUGUUACUGUUUAAGUAUAAGAUGCUACACUUCAAUUUUAAUCAAGUGAAAUUGAUCUUAACAUUGAUACCUUUACAAUUACUGAAGAAAAAUAAGAUCACAUAGCCACAACAAUCGAUCCCAUAACAUUCACUAUAGGAUUAAUGUGUUUCCUUGGAUACUUCUUCUUAAUUUUAUAUGGAGGUAUAGGAAUGGUUGCUUUGCCUUUAGAUCUAGUGUGUUCAUAUGGAACAAGACCAGUUUUUGUAUUUAUUAUUUAAUACUUUAGAAAAGUGCUGCUUAAGCAACUGAAAAAAAAAAUAGAUUAAAAAGAGUAGUGGCCUAAAUGAUUGGUUAUGCUAAAAAAUUAAGAGACAUGGAAAAAGAUGUAAAAUGUGCUAGUGGAUGGUGGUCAAAAAGGAAAUAAAAUGCAAAAGUAGAAAAAAAAUAUUAGAAAUUGGUUGCUGCAGUUAGUGAAUUGGAAGAAGAAUGCGAAAUAUUUUUACUAGAAUUAGAUAUUGGUAAUGCUAAUCCAUUAGUUUACAUAUUUAAAUUGUUAUUAGGAAUUAUAUUAUUUAUUAUUACUUUGACUUGGUUAUUACACAUAUUAUUGUAUGUAAUUAUAACUAUUGAUGGAAUCCCAUUCUCCCCUUGGUUAAAUAAGCUUUUUAUACAAUUAGAUGCUUAUAAUGUUGCAUUUCUUUCAGUUUUUUUCUUUGGAUUAUUUACACUUUAUUUAUUAUGGUGCGUAACUAAAGGCAAUUUAGUAUUUUCUAUGCCUUGGAUAUUUAAAUUUCACCCAAUGAAGUAUUUAUUCAAUUUCUUAUAUUUUUAGAAUUAAUGAAACUUGGAUGAAUUCAUUCUUAUUUAAUAUUGUUUUGAUUUUAAUAAGUUCGGUUGCUUUAUGUCACUUUAGCACUUGUGUCUUCUCAUAAUAUACUAGAUUAACAACUGUAGAUUUACUAUUUGGAACUUAAAUCAAAUAUCUAAAAAUAUUUAGUUGGGCAUUUGAAAAUAAAGUACCCGAAUAUUCUUUAUUUUCAUGGACUAUAUUUGCAGGAAUUAUUCAAAUGAUAUUAAAAUGUAGAAAACCAAAAUUACUUGAUUAAAUAGAUCAAAGGAAGAAAAAUUUAAAAGGAAAUUACGAAAUUGAAUUAAAGGAACUGUUUCUUAAAUGA